AUGGAGCAUUCCCCGGGGGCGGCGACGCUCUACGCCCUGGUGGUGCUCCUGGGGCUGCGGCUCCAGCACGGCGCCGGCCAGCACUACCUGCACAUCCGCCCGGCGCCCAGCGACAACCUGCCCCUGGUGGAUCUAAUCGAGCACCCGGACCCCGUCUUCGACCCCAAGGAGAAGGACCUCAACGACACGCUGCUGCGGGGCCUGCUGGGCACCCACUUCGACCCCAACUUCAUGGCGGUGAGCGCGCCCGAGGAGCGCCCGGCCGCCGGCGACGACCUGGCCGAGCUGGACCUGCUGCUGCGGCAGAGGCCGUCGGGGGCCAUGCCCAGCGACUCCGAUAUCAAGGGCAUGGAGUUCCAAGAUGGGGCGGCCAGCAAGAAGCACCGGCUGAGCAAGAAGCUGCGCCGGAAGCUGCAGCUGUGGCUCUGGUCGCAGACCUUCUGCCCGGUGCUCUACACGUGGAACGACCUCGGCAGCCGCUUCUGGCCCCGCUACGUGAAAGUGGGCAGCUGCUUCAGCAAGCGCUCGUGCUCCGUGCCGGAAGGGAUGGUUUGCAAGCCGGCCAAGUCGGUGCAUUUGACCAUUUUGCGGUGGAGGUGCCAGCGGCGCGGGGGGCAGCGCUGCACGUGGAUCCCCAUCCAGUACCCCAUCAUUGCCGAGUGCAAAUGCUCCUGCUAG